AUGGUCGCCGAUACUCUGAUUUACCAUCCAUCCGUCGCCCAUUACCUCAAAUUCGUCGCAACCACCGCCGGUCGUGACAAGCUCCUUCGCACCCUUCAAUACUUUUCCCGAUUCUAUGCCUGGUAUCUCCUCCGUACCAAUGGAACGAAUGGCGAAAUCGCCCCUUACGAGGCCAUCAAAAAGCAGUUUGGACUUGCGCGUAAAUUAAUGCGCUUUGGCAAGAACGUCGAGCAUUUAAAAGCAGCUGCUAUCGCUGCGGAUUCGAAGAGUCUUGAUCCGGUGAUCAAGUACUGUGCUGUCGGUAGACAAUUGGGAUAUGCGGGUUAUUUGACCUUUGAUGCGUUCACGGUGUUGGAUGCUGCAGGCAUUAGAAAGAGCCCGUCGACGAAGAGGAUACAGAAGGAGGCCUAUAGGUUUUGGUUGAUGGGGUUGUUGUUCAGUACUGCCUCUGGAAUGUACUCGUUGUAUAACCUUCGUCAACAAUCCGCAAGGAUUGAUAAGAAAGAUGGAGAAGGAGUUGUAACUAGUAAGAGAAUUGAGAAGGAACGCGCUGCGAUUAAUUUGCAACUCCUCUCGGACCUAUGCGAUCUUACAGUUCCAAGUUCGGCGAUCGGAUUGACCAACUUCGAUGAUGGUAUUGUUGGGUUGGCAGGAACCGUGAGCAGUUUGAUCGGUGUCUACAGUCAGUGGAAGAAGGCUGCGUAA